CGCACGCCCCCUGCGGUUAUGCUUCCCACUCGCACCAACGUGGCUGCUGGGAUCCCCAGCAGCAAAGUGAAAUACUCAAAGCUCUCCAGCACUGACACUGGGCACAUUAACCGUCAGAAGGAAACUUCGCCUACCGAAGCUAGCUUUAAAUCGAAAAGAUGUUCAGUGAGAUCUCACUUAGUAAAGUUUAAGAAAAACUCUACGAGGAUUCCUUAUAAGGCCAUUGCCUGUGCCACCGCGCAGUUUUUGAUUGGCACCUUUCUCGUUGUCACGGGUUGCCUCCUGCUGGUAGGCUACAUCAGCAAAGUGGGCGCCAACCGGGCGGUUGCCGUUCUGAUUGUUGGCAUCCUGGUGUUUCUGCCUGGGUUUUACCACUUGCUCAUCGCUUACAGAGCGCACCAAGGCUGCCAGGGCUGCUCCUACAGUGACCUUCCGGACUGUGAUGACUAGCGCCCCCUACAACCAGGAGAAGAGUCACAGAUGGGGCUGAGCGGAGCUUUAAGGCGUUUGGCAGACGCUGUGGACCUCUAUGCCUAAGGAUUAAGGAAUUCUGAAGCUUUGUAGAUACUUAGCAAAACUAUGGCCAGAUUUUAUCAAUUCGUCCCCAAAAUGUUUACAAUUAGCCAAAUAGGAAGCUGGGAAAUGCUCCAUUUUUAUGUUCCUCGCCCUGGCUAAAACUCCCGACAAAUUUUUCCACAUGUAUAGUGGAAGAACAGCAAUGGUAAUUGUAUGGGGAAGUGAAAAGUUAUUUUGUAGGGCAAAAUGUUGCCACCACCCUAUUUAGAGCCAAGCAUUUCUUUUAAGCAGUCCUCACUGGUAAUUUUAUCUUGUGGCAAAUGGAAAAAUGCAGUAUGUCUGAUUUCAUAUUACUAAGUAAUUUACUUGGAAAAUUUCUGAGUAUUUUAUCCCCAUGCUUAUCUCCACCUCUGUAACCUAUGGAUACCUUGGUAAAACCAAGUAUCAACUUAGGAAAAAUAAAGAGCAAUACAGUUGUGUUGUGUGCAA